AUGAGACGAGAGGCUGACAGAASAGGAGAGGUUUUUGUUCAGAAGACGAGGAUGAUGAAGAAACUGGGUCUGCUCCUGCUCGGCCUCACUGCAGUCUCUGCUGCUGCAGGACCAGGCAGCUGUGUGGGUCGAUGUGGGGAGGUUUUUACCAGAGGUCAGAGGUGUACCUGUGACUUCAGCUGCCUGCAGCACAACGAGUGCUGCCUGGACUACCAUGCUACCUGCACCACAGCUCAGUCCUGUCAGGGUCGCUGUGGUGAGACGUUCAGGAGAGGUCUGCAGUGUGAGUGUGAUCCRCGGUGUGUCCUCUUUCACACCUGCUGUCACGACUACCACCUCCACUGUGAUGCCAGUGGKACCGUCUCACAGCAGGGAAGACCCCAGCCUCAGAGGACCACCACACCAAGAAAUUCAAGAAACUGGAAGCCGGAGAGGACCCAGCGCACGUCUAAUAGUGAGAGCGAGGAAUGGUUCACAGGGCGGGGCCGCUGCCCACAGAACCCUGGGGGCCGGUGUCACAAUCGACUCGGACCCUCUAAUCCACAGUCAGCUGGCUAUCCAGGUCCCUCUCAUCCUGCCGGGUCAACCAAUCGUCAACAGCACGGAGGGAGGAACGUCCCUGUUGGGUUGCUGCCAGCUCAGCAAACCCUUCCCAGCAGCGGUGCAUCAGCUUUGGGCAGCAGAGCGCCUGUGGGCCCCUCCACACCUGAAUCCACUGGUGGUAACCUGAAUGUCCACCUGAUGAUGCUCCCUGCGGGGGUCGGUCCAUCAGGGCCAAGUCGAGGUGUUGAAGGUCCAGCAGGCUCCAGACCCAACACCUUGCUGAAUGUAGCACCGCCUGUGGUCCUCUCUGUUGUGGAGGAAGGAGUAGACUUGUCAGGUCUCCUCGCUGACGUGGACCUGUGCAGUGACUCUCCCAUCAACGGACUGACGGCUCUCAGCAACGCAACUAUUCUGAUAUUUAAAGGUGAGUUCUUCUGGUCAGUUGACCCCAUCAGUCACUUGGUUGGUCCUGCACAGAACAUCACAGAGACUCUUGGCGUCUCCUCACCCAUCGAUACCGUCUUCACACGAUUCGGCUGCAACGGCUACACCUACAUUAUAAAGGGGGAUCAGUUGUGGCGUCUGGAUGGGAACAUGGUGAUGGAGCCCGGAUACCCCAAACCUCUGUCCUCGGAGUUUCCAGGUGUGACAGGAAGCAUCAGCGCUGUGCUGGCGGUGCCGGCCACCAGGACCAGACCAGAGAUGGUGUUCUUCUUUAAGCAAGGAGACAUAAUCCAGAGGUUCAUCUUUCCAGCAGGCAGUUCUCCGUCCUGCACAGAGAGGCCAAGAAGCCCCCCGAAGAGACACUUAGCUGGCCAGGCUGAAGUUCUUCUGAGCGGAGAGAUCAACAUCAGAGUUUCUCUUAAAGGCUUCCCCACCCCAAUCACUUCUGCUCUGUCCCUGUCCAGCCCUCAGACCGUCCAUCACUUCGUCUUCUCUGGACCUCUUUUCUUUGGAGUCCAGAUUUCAGGAGACCUGCCAGUCCUGGUCAAGCCUGAAGCCCUUACACCCCUCCCCGUCCUGAGACCUGUUGCUUUGGGGAGUAACUCAGAAGACGUGGGGGGACAGAGGCCCAACGCUGCCCACCCUCCUAACUCCAUCAGAUUCUGGCUGCGCUGUGCUUAGAAACACCCCCAACAGAACGACUGGAAAUCAGUUGUUUUCUGCUUUAAUAAAUUCAUUACAAAUAUUUACUUUGGAAACAUGUUUGCUGUGCAGAAAAACAGCAACUUUAUGUUACUCCUUAAACAUUGAAUUCUGAUUUGUCUAGUUAAAGAAUCUUUGUAAAAUAAACUAAAACUCUUAAAUGGACAGAAUAAAAGUAUCAUAAAAGAUAUGAAGUCAUUUCUUCAGGUAAAUACUACAUCUAUGACUAAUCUGAGAGUGUAACUGUUUUGUGUCAGGUGUGAACCUAUAACAAAAAAUGUCUUCCUAAAGCUUUUUACUAUUACUACUAAUAAAAGACAUGACAUUGCUGCUAUUUGUCAUUCUGCUUUAUUUGUAAAAACCAUCCUAACACAGAGCGAAACUAACAAAAACAUCAUGAACAUUAAAACAAUUAUAAAAA